AUGCACCAAAACAUAUUGUUUUUAACAAUUGUAGCAGCAAUUCAUAUUGCUGCACAUAAAUUUGGUUACGAUGAGGAUGAUGGGCCUAGCACGUGGAGAGGAGUAUGCCAAACUGGUAAACGUCAAUCACCCGUUGAUAUUCGAGCAUUUGAAAUCGAAAUUGCACUCUUAGAUCCUUUACAAUUUUUGAACUAUGAACUUAACGGUCAUAUUCAUUUGGCAAAUAAUGGACAUACUG